AUGCCGGGGGAACUGCCGCGACGGCGCACGCCGCCUCCCGCGCGCUCUCUCAGGGCCAUUCCGCCCUCCCUCCACUGGCCCCCGUCCUUUUCGCCGGGGCCGGGAUCCGGCUGGGCGCCCGGCUUGCUGAAGCGGCGAAUGCUGGCCGCACACGGCCCGGGAGCAGAAGGGCCGCUUCCGUACGCGGCGCGCCGCCGUCACGCGAAGAACAGCCCACCUGACAUGUUCGACCCGCAAACAGCAGGGGCAUUUGAGGCGUUGCGGGCCCUCCGUCGCUCCGAAAGUAGGGAGUAUUGGAUGGCUGCGGUGCAAUGGGAAUACGCGGCGGGAAGCGGUUUUGGUGAAGUUUUCGAGCAUGCGCGCGCGGGUCCAGCUGGGCGCCCACGCGUGUUUUGGAAUGUAGUGACACUAUCGUCGUGGACAGCCGGUGCCUCUAGCGGGGAGGAAAGGGCUUAUUUCUGGCCCUUGGCUUCUCUCUUUGCGAGGCGCUGA